AUGUCACAUUUCGGAGAUUUUAUGGACGGCGUUCCUGUUAAGAUAUCAGAAAAAUAUAAACGGCCUCCGCGAAUAGAAUUACCGUACAUUGUUACAGAGUGUACUUUAAGAGCCCAAAGUGUUGCAGACAAUGCUAGUUAUUGCUCUACAUUUGAACGCAAUGUUCUUACAAAACUGCAGGAACUCAGGAGUGCUAAAGAGACAAAAAAGAAUGAAAGGCGACAUCGACUUCAGCUUCUCGAAGAAGCAAAACAAAAGAAAUUAGAUGCAAUUGCUGCAGCCGAAGCGGAAGAAAAAUUAAAGCAGCUGAGCGUUUCUGAAGUGUCUUAUCCUAGUACUGACGAAAUCAGCCCUAUUUCACCUGAUGAUAAACAGGAACAAAACUGUGAUACCUCAAAUCAAGACAAUACCAAUAAAACAACUAGUGUAGAUAUAAACUUAACAUCUAAUUCACCAGAAUCACAAUUAAGUAUUUUACAACCUAUACAGGUACAAUCUACAUAUCAACAGUGUAGCCUCCUCGAUGAUCCAGAUCCGCUGCAAGAACUAAGGUUUAACACUAAAAUUACUAAACCACAGUAUUCACACAAUGUUGAGACAUUGACAUUUAAAGAUUUUGAAAAUGAUACUUCAAGUCCUUUUGAUAAUGUUGAGUUGAAAACUAUUAAUGAUAUGGAAUUACUGGCGCAAGUAUUACAGAGUCAGAGGGACUCCAAUGCCAGCUGCCCAGUCCCCAAUUAUCCAGAGCAACCCUAUUCAGGGUACACUAAUUGUGCAACCCAAGUGCAACUUGAUGGAACAUAUCUUGCAAAUACUUAUGAGCAGACAGUACAAGGACCUAACAUGAUAUACUCGUCACCACCACACUACCCUGUUUCUAAUGGAUAUUAUGUCCCUUCUGAUGGAAUUUGUGAUAGUACAGUACCAGUAGAUAACAUGUAUAUGCCUCGCUAUCCAUGUUAUGUGUCUGCUUACCCAAAUCCAGAUCAAUACUUCCCGACUACUUCAGCCGAACAACAAAUAACAAAUGGGACAUAUAUCCCACAACCCUAUUAUUACCAGUAUCAACCUUAUUAUGCACCACCAGCAAAUGCUUCAGAUCAUCACAGUACUAUGAACACAUCUAGUUCUCAUAACAUGGUUAAAUCCCGUUCAAGAAGUGUCCCUGACAUUGUUCGAGAGCUUGAUGAAGAGUUAGCAACAGCUAGAUUAAGGGCCCAUGAACGAUCGGGUAACAUCAGCCCAGCAGUCGUUCCAAGGUCAUCCUCUACAAGUGAAAAGCGAGAUAACAGAAGGAGAACAGCAGAACAACUACCUAAUCCAUUUAACAAAUUUCCUCUGAAAUUGCAAAGUAUAUGUGAAAGGAUUCAUGGUAUGGGAUUCCCAUUAGACAGGGUAGCAAGGGUCUGCAGUUUGGUUGGAGAUAAUGACAAAAAGAUAAUCGAAGGACUUCUUAUCUUAGGAGAUCUAAUGGAUCUUGGAUUUUCAGAAGGAAGGGUUUCUGCUGCACUAGCUAAACAUGAAUUCAACAGGGAUAAGGCAUUGGAUGAGCUGGUAUCAUAG